UCUCUCUACGAAGAGCCGACCAACGCAACCGGAUUUCAACUCCGGCGACUGCAGAAUACACAGAGAGAGAGAGAGAGCGACAGCAUCGUGAAUCCUUGAUCGAUGGCUCUCCGGACAGCAAUCACCAGACGAAUCCUGAGCUCGAGCUCGGCUGUACAUGCCACGCGAUCCAUGUCGUCGUGGUGGAAAAACGUUGAGCCUGCACCGAAAGAUCCUAUUCUUGGUGUGACUGAAGCUUUUCUCGCAGAUCCGAAUCCUGAUAAAGUUAAUGUUGGAGUUGGAGCUUAUCGUGAUGAUAACGGGAAGCCUGUAGUUCUUGAUUGUGUCAGAGAAGCCGAGAGACGGAUUGCCGGAAACAUGAACAUGGAGUAUCUUCCAAUGGGAGGAAGCAACAAGAUGGUUGAAGAAACACUGAAGUUAGCCUAUGGGGAUGAUUCUGACUUGAUCAAAGACAAGCGAAUUGCAGCGGUACAAGCUCUGUCUGGCACUGGUGCCUGCCGACUUUUUGCAGACUUCCAGAAACGCUUUUCCCCUGAUUCUCAGAUCUAUAUUCCAGUCCCUACGUGGGCCAAUCACCAUAACAUUUGGAGAGAUGCUAAUGUACCACAAAGGACAUUCCAUUAUUACCAUCCAGAAUCAAAAGGUCUUGAUUUUGCCUCACUGAUGGAUGAUGUUAAGAAUGCACCAAAUGGAUCAUUCUUUUUGCUGCAUGCUUGUGCUCAUAAUCCUACCGGAGUUGAUCCUACAGUGGAACAAUGGAAAGAAAUAUCUUACCAGUUUAAGGUCAAAGGUCAUUUUGCUUUCUUCGACAUGGCCUAUCAAGGAUUUGCAAGUGGAGAUCCAGAGAGGGAUGCAAAAUCCAUCAGGAUUUUCCUUGAAGAUGGUCAUUUAAUUGGAUGCUCUCAAUCAUAUGCCAAGAAUAUGGGUCUUUACGGCCAGAGAGUUGGCUGCCUUAGUUUGGUAUGUGAAGAUGAAAAACAAGCUGUGGCUGUGAAAAGUCAAUUGCAGCAACUUGCGAGACCCAUGUACAGUAAUCCACCCGUUCAUGGUGCUCUUAUAGUUUCAACCAUCCUUGGUGAUCCAGAGCUAAAGCAAUUGUGGCUCAAGGAAGUCAAGGGUAUGGCUGACCGUAUCAUCGGAAUGAGAAGUGCUCUUAAGGAAAACAUUGAAAAAUUGGGUUCUCCCCUUUCAUGGGAGCACAUAACUAAACAGAUUGGCAUGUUCUGCUAUAGCGGGAUGACCCCAGAACAAGUUGAUCGCUUGACAAAUGAAUACCAUAUUUAUAUGACCCGCAAUGGCCGUAUCAGUAUGGCAGGGGUGACAACCGGCAACGUUGAGUAUUUGGCCAAAGCUAUCCAUGAAGUUACAAAAGGUGCUUAAUUUACAGACAUACAUAUUGCAUUGAAGUUGAGAUUACUUACAAGAUUUUGGUUAAAACUAGAAUCAGGUAUCAUCCUUUGCUUUUUGAAAGAAAAUAAAGAGGCCAUGAGUUAUGGUUGUUUGUAGUUGGAUAGUGUAUUGAUUGUCUUGUUAUGGUAGUGAAUUUUUGACUAGUUUAUUUUAUGGAAGCACAUAAAAAGUUAUAUGUUGGUAGCGGUUAAAGCUGGAUUCAUUUGUUCGAUUAAAUCAUAUCCGUUACGGUGA